AUGUUGAGCUCAUUGCGACGACGUCCAGCGGUCUUAUCACCACGUAGUACGUUGAAUACAAUGCGUAGAAUACACAAUAAGGAAGAGUUAGAGAUACGAGAGAAUGUCAGGAAACUGGAUUACGAUGGAUAUAUCUGUGGUCUCUUGCUACCAGUAAAGACGCGUCCAUCUUAUUUUGCUAUACGCGCUUUCAAUGCCGAGAUUGCAACAAUCAAGGACUCAGCGCACAGUAACCAAAUCACAGGCAAAAUUCGUAUCCAAUGGUGGCGAGAAAGUAUUUAUAAUCUGUACAAAAGAUCACUCACGACAAGUAAUGAACGACCUGAGCAUUCGACACUGUUGCUGCGAGGGCUGGACAAGGCCAUCCAAGAGCACGACUUGACUUGGCGCUGGUUCGAACGAUUACUGGAUGCGCGAGAUCAGGAUCUCGAUCGUGACGAAGUGCAAAACUUGCGCGAGUUGGAGAUUUAUGCAGAGCAGACGGCCUCGUCCUUGCUAUACCUUACACUAGAGUGUCUCGGUGUUCGCGACGACACGGCAGACCAAGUAGCGGGGCACGCCGGUGUAACAAUUGGCCUUGCAACGCUUCUGCGAGGUACGGCUUAUCACGCCUCUCGGCAACAAUCUUAUCUUCCUGAGGACCUCAUGAGCAAGCAUGGCGUGACCGCUGAAGAUCUACUGGUAGCCGUAGAGGAUCCCAAGAUGGGCGAGAAGGCGGCGCCGGUGGUGUUUGAUGUUGCUUGUCGCGCUAUGGAGCACCUUCAUCAAGCUCGGUCGCUGCGGAAAAACUUACCAAGCGAGUCGCGUAGGGCGUUCCUGCCGCUGGUAAGCUCUGCGGUGUACUUGAAAGAGCUGGAGGCAGUCAACUUUAACGCCUUCGCUUCAGAGCUACAGCAACGCAGCAUGUUUCAGCUGAACUUGAAGGUUCUGACACACUUCUUCUUGCGUAAAUACUAG